AUGUCCACCACCACUUCCUUUGAGCCCGCCGCCGCCAACGGCGACGCGAUGCCUGACAUUGCGCAGCCGCGCGCGAGGAAGCCCGAGAAUCCCCAGCUGCUGCGCACUCUCAACGACGAGGCCACGCCCUCGGGCCUUUCCAGGCAAGUCGCCGUCUCUCUCCAAAAAGGGGACCCCAAAUUGACACGAUUGCAACAGCGGCCGCAGAUCCGCGCCGAGCAGAAGCGGCGCAUAUUCCCCACCAUUGACUACGCCGCCCGCGUCUCGCACUUCGACCCUCAAAGCGAGUACCGUGACUUCCGCGGCUUCUUCGUGCUGUUCUGGGUCGGCCUCGCCAUCAUGGUCUUGUCCAACAUGGUCGGCCACUACAAGGAGACGGGCUACCCACUGUCCAUCCGCCAAUGGAACACCUUUACCGCCAACAUCUGGGAAAUGGGCCUAAGUGACUUGAUCAUGUGCGCUUCGACUGCCAUCAGCCUGCCUCUGCACAAGCUCUAUGACACUGGCGCGCCCGAAAUGCGCUGGAGCAAGAACGGCAUGUUGAUCCAGAGCAUAUACCAGGGCGUGUGGAUGACCUUCUGGACUCUGUGGCCCUUUGUCCGUGGGUGGACCUGGACCGCCCAGGUCUUUUUCAUCCUACACUAUCUUGUCAUGUACAUGAAGAUGCACUCGUAUGCCUUCUACAAUGGCCACCUUAGCGAGACGAGGCACCGCCUUCAGGAGCUUGACCAUCCCGAGACUGCCUCAAUGGCCGCCGCCAGGAAAUACCCCAGCGCGCAAACCCACCUCAACCAGCUCACCCCCGAGAGUGAGAAAGAGGACGCACUUCGCGGCAACGAUGACUCCCUCGCACAGCUUCGUGACGAUCUCGCGCACGAGCUUGUCUCGCCUCUUGGAAACGUCAGCUACCCCAAGAACCUGACGGUCGCGAACUACAUCGACUAUCUUUUCUGCCCCACGCUCUGCUACGAGCUCGAGUAUCCCCGUACCGAACGCGUUCGGAAAUCGGAGCUGGCCUACAAGACAUUGGCUGUGUUUGGCUGCAUCUUCCUUCUGACAUUCAUCACUGAGGCAUACGUCAUGCCGUCACUGGACAUCGCCGCGGCAGAGCUUGAACUUCCUGGCUCUUUCGGAGGUCGCACCACCAUCGUGCUCGAGACCAUCAGCAGGUUGCUGUUUCCCUUCACUGCCAUAUUCCUUCUUGUUUUCCUUGUCAUCUUCGAGUACGCGCUUGGCGCUUUCGCCGAAAUGACUUGCUUUGCGGAUCGCCACUUCUACUCCGACUGGUGGAACAGCUGUGAUUGGCUUGAGUUCUCGCGUGAAUGGAACAUCCCCGUUCACCGCUUCCUUCGCCGUCAUGUCUACUCUGCUUCCCGCCACAGGUUCUCCCGCUCCACCGCCACAGUCAUUACCUUCCUCAUUAGCGCCGCUGCUCACGAACUGGUCAUGGGAUGCAUUACCAAGAAGCUGCGCGGCUACGGAGCUUUCGCCAUGAUGCUUCAGAUUCCUAUCGUUGCGGUGCAGCGGAGCAAGCCCGUCAGAGGCAGGACUCUUCUCAACAACGUCCUCUUCUGGUGUUCGAUGGUCCUUGGUCUGUCUAUGAUGUGCGCCCUGUACGUCUUGGUCUAA